AUGGAGUACCUCGAUUAUUUGGACUAUGUCAGGAUACAUCCACCUCGCAUACCUGGUAGAUAUCGUAAUUUUAAUCCAUUGAAUGAUCUGUCAGAAGAAGAGUUUAGAGACCGAUUUAGAUUGUCAAAGGAUGCAGUGAAUGAAUUAAUUGAAUUAUUAACUCCGAGGCUAAGAGCUCCUGACCCGAGAGGCCCUCAUGGGAUUCCUAUCUGGAAGAAAGUAUUGAUAGCCUUACGUUUUUUUGCUGUAGGUAGCUUCCACAGAGAAACGGGUGAUUUAUUAGAUUGCGGCGAAUCUACUGCUUGUCAAAUAGUUCACAAAGUGGCGCUGGCUAUUUGCUUGGAAUUAAAGAGAGAAUAUAUUAAAUUCCCCUCGGGGGAUUACGCAACCGAAACUAAAAAUAGUUUUUACAACAAGUACGGUUUUCCAGGAGUUUUAAGUUGCAUUGAUGGAACUCACAUUCCUAUUGUCUGCCCUGCCACUCCGGACAAGGAGGAGUAUAGGAACAGAAAAGGCUUCUUUUCCAUCAAUGUAUUAGCCGCUGCUGGUGCCGAACUAGAAUUUACGUUCAUAGUUGCACGAUGGAAGGGAAGUACACACGACUCGAGAGUAUUUAAAAACUCAUCCCUUUACGCUAAUUUUGAGGAAAGAGACAUGGGUGGCCUGCUGAUUGGAGAUAGCGGAUAUGAAUGUAAUAGGUUCUUGAUGACACCUUUGUUGAAUCCUGUUACUCCUGCCCAGGGACGUUAUCAAAGAGCAUUAGUUCGGACAAGAUCGAGUGUCGAAAGAAUGUUUGGUCUAUUUAAAAACCGAUUCAGGUGUCUUCACAAUGACAAUACUUUACGCUUCAGUCCUCGCAGAUGUUGCAUCAUCAUCGUUGCAUGUGCUGUGCUCCACAACUUCGGGAUAAGAAGGGCAUUAUGGCAAGAUGUUGUGGACCCACUAGAUGACGUUGAAGCCAUUGCUGAUGAUCCUGUGGAUGAGAACGACCUCCCUGCUUAUGACCUUCCAGAAGGAAUUUUGUCUCGAAACGACAUUAUCCGUCGUCACUUUUCCUAG